AUGACAAUGCAUUCCAUCUCAAAGCUUCUCGCUGGCUCGAUUUUGGCUUUUGGCGCAGCUCGGAUCGUCGCUGCUGGUGUCAAGUUUGCAGGUGUCAACAUCGCUGGAUUCGAUUUUGGCUGUGGUACCGAUGGCACCUGCACCAUUCCCUCCAUCGACCCACCCCUCUCCCAGUACGGCGGCAUCGACGGCGCCAGCCAAAUGACGCACUUUACCAAAACCGACGGACUCAACAUUUUUCGCCUGCCGGUCGCCUGGCAGUACCUCGUCAACAACGUCCUCGGCGGUACUCUUGACGAGACCAAUUUUGAAAAGUAUGAUGCACUGGUGCAGGCGUGCUUGAAGACGGGCGCGCAUUGUAUUAUCGAUAUUCAUAAUUACGCACGGUGGAAUGGACAGAUCAUUGGGGCUCCUGGGGGGCCGAAGGCGAGUGACUUUUCGGGGCUGUGGGGACAGUUGGCGGGGAAGUAUAAGGACCAAGGGAGUGUGGUUAUGGGAUUGAUGAAUGAGCCGCAUGACAUCGAGCAGGUACCGGGUCUGGCUUCGUGGGCCGCUUCAGUCCAGGCUGCUGUCACUGCUAUUCGCAAAGCUGGCGCUACAACCCAGAUGAUACUUCUCCCUGGCAACGGCUACACCGGCGCCUCCACCUUCGUAUCUGGCGGCUCCGCCGCCGUUCUCGCCGGCGUCACCAACCUCGACGGCAGCACCGACAAUCUCAUCUUCGACGUGCACCAAUACCUCGACUCCGACUACUCCGGCACCUCGACCACUUGCACCACCAACGCCAUCGGUGUCGCUUUCCAACCCCUCGUCAAGUGGCUCCAGGAUGCGAAACGUCAGGCCCUGCUGAGCGAGACCGGUGGCGGCAGCGACAGUCAGAGUUGCCUGACGGACGUUUGCGCCGCGUUGGAUUUCCUGAAUGAGAAUUCGGGGAGCUUCUUGGGCUGGGUGGGGUGGGCGGCGGGAAGUUUUGCCAGUAGCUACGUGCUGAACCUGACGCCGACGGGGGGGAAGGAUGUCCAGUUGAUGACGAAGUGUUUCGCGGGGAAGUUUGAUGGGGGUGCGGGUUUGGGGUCAGGGUCUGGCGCUGGCACUGGCACUGGCACUGACACUGGCACUGGCGCUGGCACUGGCACUGGCACUGAUGCGCCCGAAUCACCUGCAGCGCCCACUCCCACAUCCUCAACCGCCAACGCCGCUCCUUCUCCUCCUCCCGCUCCCUCUCAAACUUCGACUCCCGCCGGUGCCGCCGGAGGUGCAUACCCCACUCCUACUUCCAGCGCUGCUGCUUUCCACGCCGGUGGCUCACCGGCCGCGACGACCCUCUGCACGUUCCAGUCGUUCCGGUCGUACUAUCCGACCGGUACUGCGGCAUCGGCUGGAUUUAGGCCUACCGGGUAUGUUGUGCCUCGGGGGUGGGGUUGCGGUCUGUCUGGUUCUGCGGCUAGUGGGCAGGGUGGUGGACAGGGGAGUGGUCAAGGUGGUGGACAGGGAGGCGGCCAGGGCGGCGGCCAAGGUGGAGGGCAAGGUGGUGGACAGGGAGGUGGGCAAGGUGGAGGGCAGGGUGGUGGACAGGGAGGUGGGCAAGGAGGUGGCCAGGGCGGCGGCCAGGGUGGAGGGCAAGGUGGCGGCCAAAGCAGUGCCCAAAGCGGCGUCCAAGCUGGCAGCCAGAAGUCCGGCUCCCAACCCGACUCCCGCCCCGUCUCCCAAUCCGGCUCCCACUACACCCCCCCAGGCCGCAUCAACCCCUCCCAACCCCUCUGGACCAACGCCACCGCCACCGCCCCCUCUCCCUCCUCCGACGACGAAAAGGCCACCGCGCCGGGGAAAGCGCAGGCGUCGGGGUUUGCGCAGGGGAUGGGAUUGGGGGUGGAGAAGGGGAAGGGGAGGAAGAAGGGAGACAGUUGUAAAGCGCACGGGGCUAAGGGGACGGCGACGGCGACGGGGAAGGGGAGGAUGAGGAGGGGGGUGAGGGCGAGUGCGGAUGGAGUGAGUGAGUGA